CCGGCUCCGCCGCUCCCUGCAACGCACCGGGGCGAUCGCGGCCGCCGCUGCUGCCGCCGCCGGCACGGGCGCGGGGAGCGGAGCCAUGGCCGAAGGCGAGGACCUGCAGACCUUCACCUCCAUCAUGGACGCGCUCGUCCGCAUCAGCACCAGCAUGAAGAACAUGGAGCGGGAGCUGGUGUGCCCGGUGUGCAAGGAGAUGUACAAGCAGCCGCUGGCGCUGCCCUGCACCCACAACGUGUGCCACGUGUGUGCCAGCGAGGUGCUGCUGCAGCACGGCCACCUGUGCUGCGACCCCACCUCCGAGCCCACCUCGCCCGCCGCCACCCCGUCCACCCGCAGCCCCCGCCUGGGCCGCCGGGUCGUCCCCAAACCCGACCGCCUCGACCGCCUCCUCAAGUCAGGCUUUGGCACCUACCCGGGGCGCAAGCGGGGGGCCGUGCACCCCCAGACCGUCAGCUUCCCGUGCCCGGCCUGCCAGCGGGACGUGGACCUGGGGGAGAGGGGCCUGGGCAGCCUGUUCCGCAACCUGACGCUGGAGCGGGUGGUGGAGCGGUACCGGCAGACCAUCAACAUCAGCGCAGCCAUCAUGUGCCAGUUCUGCAAGCCCCCGCAGCUGGAGGCCACCAAGGGCUGCACCGAGUGCAAGUCCAGCUUCUGCAACGAGUGCUUCAAGCUCUACCACCCCUGGGGCACCCAGAAAGCCCAGCACGAGCCCACGCCCCCCACCCUCACCUUCCGCCCCAAGGGGCUGAUGUGCCCGGAGCACAAGGAGGAGGUGACUCACUACUGCAAGACCUGCCAGCGCCUCGUGUGCCAGCUCUGCCGCGUGCGCCGCACCCACACCAGCCACAAGAUCACCCCGGUGCUCAGCGCCUACCAGGCCCUCAGGGAGAAGCUGACGAAGAGCCUCGCCUACAUCCUGAGCAGCCAGGACACGGUGCAGACCCAGAUUGCCGAGCUGGAGGAGACGGUGAAGCACACAGAGGUGAACGGCUCACAGGCCAAGGAGGAGGUGUCACAGAUGAUCCAGGCCCUCUGUACCAUGCUGGAGGAGAAGAGGGCCACCCUGCUGCAGGCCAUCGAGGAGUGCCAGCAGGAGCGGCUGGCCAGCCUGCACGGCCAGAUCCGGGAGCACCAGGCCAUGCUGGAGAACUCGGGCAUGGUGGGCUACGCCCAGGAGGUGCUGAAGGAGACUGACCACCCCUGCUUUGUCCAGGCUGCCAAGCAGCUGCACAACAGGAUCCUCAGGGCCACCGACUCGCUGCAGAGCUUCCGCCCCGCGGCCACCGCCUCCUUCAGCCACUUCCAGCUGGACGUCAGCAGGGAGCUGAAGCUGCUCACCGACCUGGCCUUCAUCCGAGGUAAAGGCAGCGGGACCCGGGCACCGGCUGUGCCCCGUGCGGAGGCGCAGCCCCCGUGGGCAGGGCGGUUCCUUGCCCGCCUCGGAGCCACAGCUCAGCCCGGGCUGCUGCCCGGGGGGCCGCGCUCGGGCAGGCGCUCGCGGAUCUGCCGGUGCCCCCUCCCCGUCAGGGACGGCCCCCGCCCCCCCCCCCCCGCCCCCCCCCCCCCCGCUGCGGCCGCUGCCGAGGCGUCACCGAAGUAUGACCCCGACAGCGGCCACGACAGCGGGGCGGAGGACACGACGGUGGAGGCGCCUCCCCCCUACGCCUUCCUCACCAUCGGCAUGGGCAAGAUCCUGCUGUCGCACGGCUCGGCACUCACCUCCCGCGACCCCAACGGCUGCACCGUGCCCCUGCCCCCCCGCAUCGGCAUCUGCCUGGACUACGAGCAGGGCAAGGUGAGCUUCUACGACGCCGUGUCCUUCCGCGAGCUCUGGGAGUGCGGCGUGGACUGCUCGGGGCCGGUCUGCCCCGCCUUCUGCUUCAUCGGGGGCGGGGCCCUGCACCUCCAGGAGCUGGUGGCCAACAAGCAGGAGAGGAAAGUGACCAUCGGGGGCUUCCCCAAGCUGGACUGAGCCGUGCCCGGGCUCCCCGCGUGCCCCAGGCUGUGCCCCCCGAGAGCUCCGGGGCUAGGGGGGGGUCACACGUGGGCAGGGAGCAGAGCACAGG